AUGCACGCAAAGGCCCGCGCCGCGUCGCUCCUCUCCGAGACGGACCACGACGACUCGGAUGCGGAGACUCUCUCCACGAUGAGCGAUCCGGUCGAUGCGACCAAGAGCUUGGCGCAGUUACUCUCCGAGGGUAGAAAGGAUCUCGUGCGGAAGCGGCUGCAGCUAGCAACCAUCGACGCCAAGGAGCUCACGACACGCUUCGAGGGCAAAACUGUUUUGAACCGUGCUGUCGCUGACGGACACGACGACGUCGUCAAGCUCGUGCUGGCGCGACCCGAGAUGGAUGCUACCGCUGCGGCAUUGAUGGGACCGGUGUUCGUUGCCAUCGGACACCACCGACUGGAUAUGGUCCAGCUCCUCGUCGCAGCGUGUCCGGCCUUGUUGACCGCAUCGGCGAACAUGAAAGGGGAGUUUGACGGCGAUUCGAUCGCACACUACGCUGUGCACAAGCGCGCGACGGCGGUGCUCACAUGGCUGCUGGCGCAGAACCCGUCUUUUGUCCACGCGCGCAACAAGAAAGACGAGACGCCGCUGCACGCCGCUGGCCGCAAAUGCAACGUCAACGCGAUCGCGAUGCUCCUCCGCACCGGCGCCGACGCCAAUGCCGUGGAUACCGGAGGCAACUCGGUGGUGCACACGUUUGUCAUGCACAGGGACCUAGCGCUUGACGAGCACGACGCCGAUCUCGACCGUCUUCUCCGUCUCUGCUGCAACGUGUCGCUCGAUAUCAAAAACAAGUAUGGCAAGGUCGCGGCCGACCUCGCUCCAACUCCCAACCUGCGGGCAAGGCUGGAUCAAGAAAGUGCCUUUCGGUUGCAGUUCCCACUGCACUGUAUGGCCCGCGCCAACGACGUCAGUGGCAUUCAGAAAUGGCUGUUGGAGAUCUCGACGACGGCCGAGAACACGCGGCAGGCCGUGGAAGCAGCGCUCUCGGUUCAGGACAUGGACGGAAAGACCGUGCUGAUGCACGCGGUGGAAGCGCUCGAUAGCAACGCGCCGAUCCAAGUCGCUGACGUUCUUUCGCCCCACUGCACAAAGCAAAUUCUGGCGCUGCAAGACAAGCGUGGACGCACUGUCGUCGAGGUGCUCUUGGAGAAGGAUCUCGUGUGCAAGGAGAACGUCGACGGCAUCACCAAUACCGCCACGCUGCAAGUGCUGAAACACCUCGACAAGCAACUACCGCUCGACUACACCGCAAUACCGCUGUGCCGCGCGCGGGGACGCCCCCGCGGACAUGCGCCGUGGGACGAGCUGCAGCAACGCCUCGAGGCGUCGCGCGAUAUCGCCACCAUCAACGAAGCAGAUGCCCACGGGAAUACUGCGUUGCAUUAUGCGUGCUACUUUGGCAACGACCGCAUCUUGGCGCUGCUCUUGCAGCAGUCCAAAAUUGAGAUUGGUAUUGAGACGUGCUCCGCGGACGAAUGGACGCCAUUGCAGCUGAUUCGACGCCCGCUGCAUGUCGCUACCAGCAACAACCACGCUGCAUGCGUGCGCCUACUCCUUCAAGCUGGCGCCCAUCACGGCUUCCAGACCGACAUCUCGGCGGCUGAUGUCCAAGUGCAUCGGAGCGAGGCAAGCGAAAACGGACGUCUGUGCGAGGUCGUGCUGUGCGAUAAUUGGCUGCUGGAGCAAACCUACCCCGCGUUCUAUCUCGUGCGACUUCUCGACGUCGACGAAGCGCUUCAGUGCAUUCAGGCCAAGAAGACACCGCUGCACGUCGCAAUCGCAAAAGGACUAUCUACGUCCAUUUUAGAAGCACUCUUCUCUCAGUUUCGAUCGAAUGUGGAUGCGCAGUCGACGGACGGAACCAGUGCACUUAUGAUAGCGGCAAAAGUCGGCAGCUUGGCCCACGUCCAGUACCUGUUGCAGCAAGAAGCUGACGUUGACCUCGUUGCCACGAACGACUGCACAGCACUACUUCAUGCGGCCAUUCACGGCCAUUUGGCCAUCGUCGAGUUGCUGCUUGUGCACCGCGCCGACCUCGAUCCCAACUGUGACAAACACUGCCAGAUCCUUGAGCUUCUUGAGAAGGAAGAACGGGCUCGGGACAACUCGCAAGAGUUUCGCAACAAGCGCGCGCUGAGCAUGAUCACAAUGACAACCGACGACGUCUUCAAAGAUGACAGCUUUCUGCGCGCCAUCCGCUGCAACGCGUCGCUCGGCCCUACGUUCUUGGACGACUGCGUCGACUUGCGUCGGCACGAAGCCGUCUUUAGCAAGCUGGACCUCAUCUAUGGCAAGAGUACCAAAGACAGUCCGCUGCGCGCGGUCUUGACCUUGGACCUCCAAGACCCCAACGAGACAUUCGCGACGCAGCAAGCGUGCCUCGAGCAUCCCGCUUUUCGCCGCGUCCUCGAGAUCAAGUGGAUGCUCUUUGGCCGACGUCUCUACCUCCAGCAGCUGCUCAUGAACCUGCUCUUGCUGGUGGCCAUGACAACGUCGUCUCUACUCUCCAACGAUAUCACGCCGCAGCCGAUCGUCUACACCAUUGGUCUUUCAACGCUCAUCUUUGUGGCUGUCGGACUCGUGGUCGUCCAGUGCCUUCGGCCGCGAGUGCUCGCGGCGUAUGCUCGGUUCAGCGACACCAAGGCGCUAUUUCAUGGAUGCCUCGUCCUCCUCACCGUCAUCGGUACCGUCUUGCUCGUCGUACCAGUGCUCUACUCCAGUGACGCGCUGCGGAUCACCGACUGGUUCACACCCAUCAACAACGUCGUCUUGGCUCUCUCGACGCUCUACUUUAUCCAUAUUGAGCUCCAAGAGAUGCGCGUCAACAUGAGCGACUACCUCGCGUCGACGAUGAACCGCGUGCAGCUGAUCAACUACGCCGUCAUCUUGUGUCUGUUUGUUCCAAUCCAAGUCGGCUGGAUCCGAGUCAGUGACGACAUUCAGGUCGGACUCGGCGCCACCCUCACGCUCGGUCUCUGGGUCUUGUCUCUUCAGUUCCUCGAAGUGGUUUCGUCGGCCAGCUAUCUCUUGCCCAUGAUGUCGGACCUCUUGAGCGACAUUUGGAACUUUUUCAUUCUCUUUGGCGUCUUCCAACUGGGCUUGACGCUGACGUUCUACCAGCUCUUUCGAGGCCACGGCGACGACGCCUUUGGUAGUCUCGGUCAGUCGUUCAUGACAACCUACUUUGUAGCGUUUGGCCAAGUCCCUCUGGACUCCCUCAGCGUCUUUUCUCCCUCUUUGGAGGACAAUAUGAGCUCGAGUCCUACCGCCAUGUACACGGGUGUCGCUCUUCUCAUGAUGCUGCACUCGGCGAUCGUGGUCGUCGUGCUACUCAACGUCUUGCUGGCGUUGAUGAACCAGACCGUCACGGGGGGUCUCGAGAAGGCCAAGACACGAGCGCUGAUGAGUUAUGCACAGUGCAUCUUGCGGCUCGAAGGCGCCAUGCACCUCAACCAAGCCGAGACGAUUGCGCUCACGCAUGUCAAGGACACUUGUGGGAAGCGAACGCUGCAUCCCAUUUUUCGGAGAGUGUUUCUCGCACCAACCUCGGCCAGUCGCGCGGCCUGGCUCGACCAGAUGCAAACUCUGGACAAGGUCGUCAUGGACCAGGUCGGGUUUGUGGUCGAUGGUCUGGACCACGUCAGUCACUUUACCGAUCUCAACGUCCGCGAAGUGUUUGCGCGUGAGUUUGACGUGCUGGCGACUGCUCAACAGCAGCUGUUGGGUGCAAUCGAGGUGGCGCGACGCAGCCGCGGCCAGUUCAAGAAGGAGAUCCUCGCCAAGCUCGAGAAGCGAACAUCCAAGGAUCUGCGGGAGCUUCAAUCCCAGCUCCUUGAUGUUUGGAACCGCAAGGGCACGAAAGAGCCGAUGAGUGAUGACAUGCGGUGCCUCGUGCUUCACCACGUCGACAAGCUCGCGCACUCGGUGGCGAGCAAGGCCAAAUUGCUACUUCUGGUGGGCACCAGUGGUGAGGCCGAGCCGAUGAGUGACCACGACAAGUGUGCGAUGCUCUAUCAAGUCAACCAGCGUUCGACGUUGGAGGCGGUCCUGGCCAUGUCGAUUGAUAAAAUCUCGACGACGAUGUCGCGUGUUUGCCUCGCCGAUGCCGAUGCGACGCGCGUGGAGCAGGAGAACGAAGCUCUUCGCCUCGAGCUAGUCGCACUCCGCGAAGCAAUGGCCGACGACGCGGCGGCAACGUCGCAGCGAAUGGAGUCGAUGACGCAGCAGAUGGAAUCGAUGGCCAAGCAGCUCGAAACGGUGCUCUUGCUGCUCAGCCGCUCACAGUCGCCCCGUAGACAACCCGUAUCACCGACCGCCAUGCUGCGCCGCCUCACUCGCCUCUAG